GUGCACACAGUGACGUCUCUACGCAAGUCUGUCUGAGUCCGCUGUUUGUAUUAGUCUUCAGUUGGGCGCUUUCAACAAUCUAGUAGCAAUGUGCACGUAAACAGAAAACAAUCGACAGGACGUUUCGGUGAAGCCGCUGUUGACUGCUGUACGCGCACAAUGCGCUGUAGUUAAGGAUCUCGAGUCAUGAGCGCGGCAGUGAGCGGUGCGUUCAGCUGUCACAACUGAAACUAGUACAUGCAAGCAGUCGCAACACUGGGAAUACUUCUAAACACAAUUCAACGGCACGGUUUAGUGUCAUUUGCUCCGUUUUGUCCAUUGGAUUACUAGUGACCAGCAGUAGAGAUAACUGUCACAAUUGGAUGUCGUAAUUACGGUUUAUCAAAUGAUCCAGGUAUGGAGACUAAAAGAUACCAAAGUUACUGCGAAGGGGCAAAUGCAGAAAACAAAUGGGCACAAAUGCCGAACACCAUGGAGUAUUGCUGUUCUGCAGAAGAGAAUUUGACAAACAGUGACAUGCUCAUGGAUAUUGUUAACUCGAGCAACGCCCCUAACAUGCCAUCUGUCUGCAAGGACAACAACUUUAAAACUACAGAGACAACAAUGCUUAGAGUUAACCAGAAUCAACCAUUACCUUUAUCCUCCUUCAACAACUCCUUACACAACCGCAAGUCAGAAACAGACUCAAAGGAGCUCUCCAAAACGGUUGCUGAGUCUAUGGGCUUGUACAUGAAUGCUGCCAGGGAAGCAGACUUUGGCUUUGCCCAACAAGGGACUGCAAGAGGGCAGGGUAGCCCACAGAAACAAUAUCCUCUUUGUGGGAGAGCAAGUGAAGACAGCCAGUCCAGAACGACUGGGAGCCCAAAGAUGAAAGCUCCCCCAGCUUCAUUCCCACCUGGGGCCCAGCUAACCAAUGGUGGCCUGCAGGAGUGUGCUGUGGUUCCUGCCUCAGUGCCCUCUGCACUGGCCACCACUCUUUCAUGCAGCACUGAUGGGUCUGGGCCCAUGUCUAGUCCUACCGGACACAACAUGGUGUCAUCAACUACCAGCCCCAUCUUCUUUGACUCUGAUUGUCCGUCACUGGCUUCUGCCCCCACCAACUUGAUCCAGGGUCUAACCCAGUGCUUCAAUGCUAAAUGA